UUAUUAAUUGCAUUGUUAAUGCAAUUAACGUUAUUAUUAUUGCGUCAGUCCGUUCGUAGUGAAUUUUGACAGUUUGGUGAAUUUCCAACUGCGUUUUGUCUAAACCGUUUUGCAACCAUUCUGUGUACACUCGGCUGCUAGAUGACUCGCACGUUUUAUAUCGAAAAAGAGUUGCAACGAUUCAAGCCGUCAGAAUUGAAAACCACUGCUGACACUGCUAACUCAUCUUGCAGAUAAAGUUUUCUAGUACUUUUCUUUUUUUAAUAUACUGUCACCUCGGCUAUUGUCAUAAUCAUUACGCGUGAUCAUUACGGCCAUGAUCAUUAUGCGUACACGUCAGUGGUGACAUUUUUAGUUCUGACAAUUUGAAGCGUUGCAGCUACAUUCAACAAAAAGUGUUCAAAUCGAUUGGCAACCUACACUCUCUUGGAGCAAGCCCAGAGAGAUCUCGUAAAGCCCAUAGGUGAGAGACUUGGAUCAUCACUCGCACUGCCUUGCCGCGGGAACUUGGACAAUGCCUCGGUCGAUGCACGCCAGGAUGCUGGAGGCCGCGAGGGUGAUCUCUCGCGGAUGGGAGAAAGGUGGCGCGGAUUUCGGAAAGCGGCCGCAGCUUAAAAUAGACGCGCCUCCUCGUGCGUGAGCGGGUACGCUUUUAAACAUAGUUUUGGCAGGGAGAAACGUCAAAGCGCCUCGGAGUGGCAAAGCGCGAGGAUCGCCUCGCGAAUUCCGCGCUCGUAUUCUCGUGCUCGCCAAGGAUCUCUCGUCUCAACUGUCAUCGUCGUCGUCGUCGUCGUCAUCGUUAUCAUCAUCAUCAUUACCAUCAUCUCCUCUUCCUCUUCAGUUUCUGACCCGAGACGCGAUUCCACGCACAUCCAGUUCGUCAUCGUCGUCGUAGUCAUUGGAGAAGGUCUCGCGUAGGUCUCGUCCUCUCGAUUUCCCCCGAGAACACCCGCGACACCGCGUUCUUUUCGGCAGAGGUGCCGGUGAAUGGAGGAGGAACUAUGAGAGGUGCGUCGGAGAAGCUCGACAAGGAGAACCAACGGCCCAUGGCGUCGGCGCAACCCGCCGUCGGCGAAGACGCGGCUGACGUCCAGCAGGAAGAGUAAAGAGCCUAGAAGACACGUGUUUCGUGUGUGUAUGCGUGAAUGUGCGCGUGCUCGUAGCGUGCUGGUCGCGUUCCCGGUCGGUCGGUCGCGUUGGAACGUGCUCUCGGCCGGGAGUUUUUGCGUCGCCGUCGACGAAGCGCGAGGACUCGCGCGAGCUCGCUUCGUAAACACAUGGAAAUACCGCGCGUAGUAUCGCUGACGAAUCACUUCACUUAUCGCAAUCACGAAGGGCAAAAGCUCGACUGCUCCGCUCUCGGCUGAGACAAAUCUCGCGCAAAUCGCUGAUAAAUCGUGAGGAGAGAUAAUUUGCAGGCUCGAGAGCACGUUGUGAUGUCGGCGGGUAACAGAAGCGCGGACGAGGCAGUGAGCGACGCGCUGUUGGAGAAGCUGCGAGCUCACGCGGCUAAGCCGCAAGAAGCGGGCGACGCGUUCCGGGCGGUCCUGGCCAAGAUUCACGCGCGUCUCACUUCGUCAGACCGGCGGAUGCGCGAGCGCACGUUGGAGAAACUCUGGCACAAGAAUUCCGGCGCGAUGGAGUCGUUCAUAGUGGCGCUGGAGAACUGCAAGGAUUACGUCGCCGACUGCAGUAUCGCUGGCAUACUACACGAAUGCAUAUCGCCCCGAGCGAGCAAAAGCAAGUCCAAGAAGAAGGGGAGCAAGAACAAGAGUGCCACAAGAACCAGUAGCCGAAUGGCGGUCAUUCAACUGAUCAACUUAGGUAUCACGCAAGUCCUAGUUAAACUUUUAAUAAACUUGCAGCACGCAGACACCAUCACGAACGAAAUGCUCACUCAAGACAUCCUCUCUAUUUUGGGCCAGGUGGCGCAGAGGGACCAGAAGUUCGUGUCAAAGAUGAAAUUGCUCAACUCCAUCAAAGUGUUCCACACGCUGCUGAGGCAGCACUACAACAACAGCAAAAUAUUACUGCCGUUGCUGUUGAUCAUCAAGACUCUCGCAAAAAAUCCGUUCUCCCUGCAAAUCCUAGUGAAGGACGGCAUCGCUAGCACUCUGGAGAAAACGUUCGUCAACGUCGGUUAUACGCCGCACUUGAAGCUAAGAACUCUGUUAGAAUGCCUCAAGCACUUCACGACCAACAAACUCUGCUGCAACAAACUCGUCAAAGUGGGAAUAGUGCACCUGCUGAUGCGGAUCUUCGAGAGGUGGGAGCGAUUCGACGGUCCGAUGCGGCUCAAGAUCUGCAAUUACGCCCUGAACACUCUUCAGCAUCUUGGCGUGAUAAAAGCCGGCAGGAAGGCUAUCAAGUCGAACAACGGCCUACAGCUACUGUACCGGUUCUGCACAAACUGUCCGGAGGACAAAGCCUACGACUGCCUGCUGUCUCGUAUUUGCGGUAUAAUCAAUCAGUGUCUGGAAAAGAAGGAAUUACCGGUGCCCGAAAUGUCGCCCGCGAGAUUCGUUCUGCCCGAAGCGAAUGUCAGGGCGAACAGCGCUGAAAGCGGUAGCGACAUCGACAGCCAGGCCAACAGCGUAGCGUCGGUCGGCAGAUUGUACAGCGACCUGGACUCCGGCGACGAUGAGGAGGAGGAGGAGGAAAGCCACGACUCCAGGAGCGCGAUCGACAACGGGAUCUACAUGAGCGACGAGGUGGACGAGGGCAAAUUCUUCGCCGGGGUCUUCACCUCGCAGAGAUCCGAGGAGGAUCUCGUUGGGUAUUACACGUUCUUCAGAGAACUGGGAGGUCUGCGGUCGCAGCUGCGUAUCGCCGGGUCAUCCGCGGUCAAGCUAACCGAGCUUGGCUUCAUCGAGGACGAUCAGGCGGACUCGCAGCUCACGAAGACUGGAAAGGCGAAGACACCCCCCAAAGACUUCACGAGACUGAACGGUACGGCGAAGCAGCAACUCGUGACGAACGACAAGCACCGCUUGAAGGUCCUUGAGGACGCAUCGGGCGAGCUGACGGAUGAUCGGGACGCAUAUUGCGUGGUGGCGAGCAGAGUGAGGAGCGUCAUCGGCUUCGUGAAGGUCGCCUAUCCGGACUGGAUCGGCGGCGACGGCUCGGGGAAGGCCGAACCGCUCAACACCAAGGAUCGCAAGGUUUGCCGCGCGAAACUACUGACCUGCGUAGAGCGCGGCCUCCAUCCUUCCACCGUCCAGGAAGUCGUCUACGAUCUCGACGCUCUCGCGAGUCCCGCCUGCCGUCAGGGACGCGUCGCGCGCCUGCUCGACAACUGUGACGAGAAGAGGCUCGGCAAGCGCGUGCUCGACACGAAGCAGUUGCAGUUCGAGUCCAGAUUCGAAAGCGGAAAUCUCAGGAAAGCCAUUCAGAUAGGCCUGCGGGAGUAUGACCUCAUCCUGACGCCGGACGUCAACAGUGGCUCCCGACAUCAGUGGUUCUACUUCGAGGUCUCCAACAUGGAGGCGAACGCACCGUACACAUUCAACAUCAUCAACUGCGAGAAGGCCAACUCGCAGUUCAACUUCGGCAUGAAGCCGAUACUGUUCAGCGUGGCGGAGGCGAAAUGCGGCCGACCUGGUUGGGUAAGGACCGGCGUCGACAUCUGUUAUUAUCGGAACUGUUACCAGCGACCCGCCAGAGGAGGCAAGACGUACCUGACGACGUCCUUCACGGUCACGUUUCCGCACGCGCACGAUGUCUGUUACCUGGCCUAUCACUUCCCGUACACGUACAGCCAGCUGAUGACCAAUAUCUGGAAGUGGACGAGGAAGCACGCCAAUUCAAACGUUUACUUCCGCGCGGAGACACUCUGCGAGACUCUCAACGGCAAUGAGAAUCCUGUGCUCACUAUCACAUCGCCGGAUUCCAAGAGCAAUCCUAUACAUGCUCGCAAGGUGAUCUUCUUGACGUCCAGGGUGCACCCCGGAGAAAGCAACGCCUCGUGGGUGAUGCAUGGGACGUUGAAGGCUCUUUUGAGCGACAGCCAAUACGCCUGCAGUCUACGCGACGAUUAUGUGUUCAAAAUAGUUCCUAUGCUAAAUAUAGAAGGAGUCGUGAACGGCUGCAAUCGAUACGGCUUGACGAACGAGGACCUGAAUCGACGCUGGAGCAAUCCUAACCAGGUGUAUCAUCCGGUGAUCUAUCACACGAAGGGCCUGAUGGAGUACUGCGCGAAGGUGCUGCAGCGGCCACCCCACGUUUUCGUCGACUAUCACGGCCAUUCGCGAAGGAAGAACGUGUUUCUGUUUGGUUGCUCAAGGUCGGGUUCCUGGAGCGCCGCGGACAGGGCGAAACCGGACCAGCCGGUGCAGUAUUUGAUGUUACCGCACCUCAUGCAGAGGACUUCGCCGGCUUUCGCUUUGCCACUGUGCUCCUUCAAGGUCGAGAGGAACAAGGAAUCCACCGCUCGAGUCGCAGUGUGGAGGCAGUUGGGCGUUUCGAGAAGUUACACGAUGGAAAGCAGCUUUUGCGGUUGCGAUCAAGGCGCUCUGGCAGGCCUGCACCUCGGCACAGAACACCUGAAAGCCAUCGGCAGGAAUUUCUCUCGAGCUUUGUCCAUGAUGAAGGACGCCGGCGAUGACUGGGUCGUCGAAAAAUCGAUGGAGCAGGCCUGUUGUCCGAGGAUGUGCGUCCUACGAAAUUCGAGGAAGAUCCCGAAAUGUAUUCAGGAUAAACACGCUAUACACCACACCACGGCGCUUCCUUAGCGACAGAGAUAGCCGGGUAAUAACGUUACAAAGGAUCCCCACAGAGGAGCAUAUUCCUGAGGAAUCGAGAUGCAUGGAGGACAGAGUGUCCACCAGCAGCGAGUCGGACGAAUCCGACUACGAGACUUAGGAAAACCGCGCUUCCGACUGAGUGUGAUACACCAAGUCCAUCUCCACAACGAAAUUCAUCAUGGUUGUCUAAAAUUAGCGAUGUAUGGAUGUAAACGUUAGUUAUAAUAGUCCUGCAAAUUUUCGUUGCAACAUGUCGAUAGUGAUUAGCGCAAUAAGCGAUACACGGAGAAGUACUUUAAACAAUGUUUAUUUAAAACUGGUAACAAAUGUUUAGAGCUACUAGCUAUGAAAAUACUAUCUAUGCCUACGUCUAUUUGUACAUAUUCUCGGAAAAUUAUUAUUGCUUUGCAAAUUAAGUUCAUAAUAAACACGGUUAUCUGCUGUAAAUCUGGUAUGAGAGCCGAUUAACUACUUAAGUUGACGUGGCCGCGUGUUAAGUAACGAUUAAGUGACUCGGAGAAAGGAAACUUGGAGAUUGUGGUCAUAUCGCGACUAUCAUCCGAGCAGUGACAAACGAUCGGAUUCGGAAGGACUCUACACUGAGGAAAAAAUUAUCUUAAAAUCAACAAACAACAAAUUUUGAUGUGUGCUAUUAAUACAUUUACUUAAAUUUAAAUUCUCUUCAUUUAAAUCAAAUAUUGUUUACCUGAUUUAAGUAAACAAUAUUUGGUUUAAAUAAAGAGAAUUUAGAUUUAAAUAAAUAUGUUAGUGGCAUCCAUCAAAGAAAUAUUUAUUGAUUUUAAGGUAAUUUUUCCCUUAGUGUAUACUCUUUGGCGAAAUUUUGAUUAUCUCCAUGAGAACGAAGAUUUCGACACUAAGAAAAGAGAGAAAAGAAUCGACAAGGGAUUCUCUCGCAUCGUACUUCGCUCUCUGUAUUCUGUGUACGUAACAUAUGAUUAUAUCAAUCGUAGGAAAUAAAUGUUGUCGAGUUAUAAUUUCCCGUGUUCUCUCACCCUCGUCACUUCCCGCAAUCGUUCGCACUCCGCAGAGAUUCGCCGAGGUCCUUACACGCUUUUACGCGCAUCAACGUGUGUCAAAUGCUGAUCGCGAUUUCGUAAAGUUCUGUUGCUGCAAGCGUUUCAAAAGCAGUAUACACAGAUCACGCGUGUUGCA